CUGAAAGGCAGCACAUUUCCUGUCUGCACGGGGACACAAACCACCGGUCAGGCGGCAGAAUACGGAACAGAGAUACGACUGCUGGGUAGCAUACACACUAAUGUGUUUUGUGCUCCUCACCUCCGGUAUCGGGUAUCUCAAUGGCGGACCCGCCAGAACCAGCACCGGGAAGCGUGGAGGAGGAGAAGACAGCCCGUAUUAACGACGCAGAACUGGCACUGAAAGGAAUCAAUAUGCUUCUCAACAAUGGAUUCAGGGAGAGCGACGAGCUCUUCAGAGCAUACAGGAACCACAGUCCUUUAAUGAGUUUUGGGGCCAGUUUUGUGAGUUUUCUGAAUGCCAUUAUGACGUUUGAAGAGGAGAAAAUGCAGAUGGCCUUUGAGGACCUGAAAGCUACAGAGAGACUGUGUGAGAGUGAAAACACUGGAGUCAUUGAAACCAUUAAAAACAAGAUCAAGAGGAGUAUGGACUCUCAGAGGUCAGGAGUGGCUGCAGUAGACCGACUCCAAAGGCAGAUUAUCAUUGCAGACUGCCAGGUUUACCUGGCAGUGCUGUCUUUCAUCAAACAAGAGCUGUCAGGAUACAUCAAAGGAGGCUGGAUCCUCCGUAAAGCCUGGAAGAUGUACAACAAAUGUUACGGCGACAUCACACACCUGCAGGAGGGCAGCAGAAGGAGAGCCUCUGAACAACAAGCAGUGCCACCUUCAUCUCUGUCUUCCUCCUCUGACCCGUCCGACCACAGCCGCUCCUCUUCAUCCGGGGCGAGCCCAUCCUGGAGACUGGACGGCAUCAGCCCAGAGGCUCUGGAUCGGCUAAAAGGUUCAGUCAGCUUUGGUUAUGGCCUCUUCCACCUUUGCAUCUCGAUGGUGCCACCGCACCUACUGAAGAUUGUCAACCUGCUGGGCUUCCCCGGUGACCGUCUUCAAGGCCUGUCUGCCCUCAAGUAUGCCAGUGAAAGUAAGGACAUGAAGGCCCCCUUAGCUACCUUAGCCCUCUUGUGGUACCACACAGUAGUGCAGCCCUUCUUUGCUCUGGACGGCACAGACACACAGGCAGGCCUGAUAGAAGCUAAAUCCAUUCUCCAACAAAGGGAGGCUAUCUACCCAAACUCCUCCCUCUUCAUGUUUUUCAAAGGCAGAGUUCAACGCCUUGAGUGCCAGAUCAGUAGUGCCUUGACGUCCUUCCGUGAUGCAUUAGACCUGGCCUCUGACCAGAGGGAGAUUCAGCAUGUGUGUUUAUAUGAAAUAGGUUGGUGCAGCAUGAUCGAACUCAACUACAGCGAAGCCUACAGGGCCUUUGAGCGACUGAAGACUGAGUCUCGCUGGUCCCAGUGCUACUACGCCUAUUUAACUGGAGUGUGCCAAGGAGCCACGGGUGAUCUGGAGGGAGCUGUUACUGUGUUCAAGGAUGUUCAAAGACUUUUCAAACGCAAGAAUAAUCAGAUAGAGUUGUUCUCCAUGAAGAGGGCUGAGAAGCUAAGGAGCCCCAGUCUUUCGAAAGAACUCUGCAUCCUGUCUGUGAUUGAGAUUCUUUAUCUGUGGAAAGCUCUGCCCAACAGCUCCACUGCCACGCUGCAGACAAUGACACAAGUCCUGCAGGGGAUUGAUGAUGCCUCGUGUACAGGCCUGAAAAAUCUGCUUCUUGGUGCCAUAAGUAAAUGUCUCCAUAAUACCAAAGAUGCCAUUCAGUAUUUCCAUCUGGCUGCAAGGGAUGAGGUGGGUCGCCUGAGCAACUCUUAUGUGCAGCCGUACUCCUGCUAUGAACUGGGCUGUGUGCUGCUUAACAACCCAGAGUCUGCAGGAAAGGGCAGAAUGCUCAUGCUUCAAGCCAAGGAGGACUAUGCUGGCUAUGACUUUGAGAACAGGCUCCAUGUUCGUAUCCAUUCAGCUCUUGCCUCUAUAAGGGCUGAAGGCCAGCCUUGACACUUUAUCUCCUCAGAAAGAACUGGAAAUGUCUUUAAAAAAGCCACAAUACCACUCUGGGCACUAAUGUUACGUUGUUUGGUUUGUUUCAAUUAAUUUAUUUUUAUAUUCUGAGCCAAUGCAUCAUUUUAAUGUGUGCAAUAUAAGUAAUUGUUUUAUGGGAACAGUUAAGAUGCAUUUUUCUUAUCUGCUACCUUAUUUCACAAAGUUAUGAAGUGGAGUUUUAUUGUGUAAUUCCAAAACUAGAUGCCAGUUAAAUCAGACACAUUUUUAAUCAGUCAUUACUUCCACAGAGGGACAAUUUUUCUACUGACUUGCAGAUAAAUCAGGUCAAGUAGAGUAAUGGAAAGUCAAGAAUUAACUGACAAAGCAAUUCAAAUGAGUGACUCAGCCUCUGACUUUAAGAAGCCGAUAUUUUUACCAUCUCAGUGUUAGUUGUUUACUUUGACAUUUGUGCUGUAAAAGGCUUUGCUAAUCCAAAGGCAUGAGUACUCAAAUUUUCCCCCCGCUUUUUUAAGCAGAUUGUUUUUAUUAGUGUAAAUGUGUUGCACACAAGUUUUAAUAGACGUGCCAACAUCAUGUUGUGCCACUUUUGAGUGGCCUGUUCUACUCUUGACUGUAAACUGGUUCUCCUUUAUAUUGUUUGUUUUAAGAUAAUAAAAUGAAUAUCGUAAAA